GCGCCGAUGAAGUCAGCUGGCCACCAGAAGUAGAGGCCCUCUCGACCUAUUUUAUUUUUUUUUUUUUUCGCGAUUUUUCAAGAUGAUUGUGGAUGCACAAGGAAGACAAGAGUCUAGGGGAAGGUUGAGGAUGGAAAAGGUACAAUGGAAAAACAGGGGUUGGAGGCACAGGGAAAGAUAGGACGGGGAAAAUCAAUACCACAACCACAACCACAACCACAAGAAAUAAUAAUAAUAGCAAUAAUCAUAAUAAUAACAACAACAAUGAUAACAAUUGUAGUAAUGGCAGUAAUCGUAGUGAUAGGAGAAUCAAUCAACGAGAAUAGAAUAAAACAGACAAUAAUGGGAAUGGAGAGGAGAGCAUCCACAUGGGCAGAAAGAAAAAAAAAUAUAAGGAAAAGGAAAAGAAAGGAAUAAGAUGAACAAGAUGGAGAUAGAAAGAGAGUAUACUCCAAUCACACUGAGCGGGAAAGUGGCUCACUUCAGGAAGAAGGCCCGGAAAGGUGGCAUGU